AUGCCGCCUGGGAGUAGCGCGACCGAUUCCGCGACGUUUUCAAGAGCGGGGACUGCUCGCGCCCGCGACGAAGAACGGUCGGACGAAGACGCGCCUGCCGCAGCCGGCCCCGCGGUCUCGGCUAGCCAAAGCAAGACACAGCGAAUUGCGAAAGCGUGCGACAGGUGCAGGAAGUCGAAGAGUAGGUGCGAGCCGUCCCCAGUUGAGGGCGCGCCAUGCAAGACAUGCGCGGCCACUGGCGCAGAGUGCGCAUAUACAGCGCCAAGCUUCCGGAGAGGCCCACCGAAAGGAUACAUCCAGGCAUUAGAACACCGGCUACAUCAAGUCGAGAGUGUCCUGGCGGCGAUCAUGUCCUCACAAGACCCCCGGUCACUAGUGAUCGUCGAGGAGCUUCACAGCGACGAGCUUGCUUCAUAUAUCCUCGACAGUGUAGACUCGGGUCCGUUUGGUAAGACUGGUCGCGAGCAAAAGGCGUUUGAUACCACGAAAGACAACUUCUACACUUCCAUCGUCACUGAACAACCGAAAGCCGUCAGCCAUCGGUCACGCCGUCAAUCUCGAGCCAAUCGAGAAAAUGUCAUCGACGCGGUGAUAGCUAACGACCCUCAGAUUCACACCACUCGCCCAACACUUGCCUGGCAAGACCGGCUGACCGCCCGUCUUGACCGUGCGAUUCUGCGCGCGUUGGAUGAGAGUACUACCUCGCAAACUCAAGCUCAGUCCAUUCCCACUGCAUCGCCAGGAAGCAUUGUGGAGAGUGCCGUGGUGGAACCGCCCACAAGGAAGCGUCGAGUUGGCGCGGGUCCACCUUCGCGGGUCAUGCGCACGCGUCUCAAAGCAGCCGUGGUCGAGGAAGAUCUCGACGACUGUGCAGACGCCUUCGGAAACCUGUCGAUUGACGAAAACCGAGAGGUCCGGUAUCACGGCAAUUCAGCGGGACUUCAACUUCUGGCGCAAGCGGAGCGUAGUGAUGGGAGGAAUGCGAGAGGCGUUUGGUAUUUCCCCAUGGCCAAGUUUUGGCCGGGGCCAUCCCCGAAUAUGCGCGUGAAGACAGGAGAACAGGAAAUGAGCAUCGCCAUCGCUACAGAACAGUCCAUUCCCGUGCCUCCAGUCGAAGUCCAAGACCAUCUUGUUCAAGUGUAUUUCACGUUCGUGAACCAGGCAAUCCCCGUCCUGGAUGAGGAAUCUUUUAUGGAACAGUACAAUGCGUACUACCCGGACUCCGACGAAGUUCACCCACAGGGAGAUGCUCGCCCCGAACGGCCUCAGAAGCUCUCCAAAUUGCUCUUGCUAGCUGUCUUCGCGUAUGCUGCCAGUCAUCUCGAUCCCUUCCAAAAUUACACUGGCGAUGUCGAAGAUCCGGCCACGGAGUACGCGAAGUAUGCGCGCAUGAUUCUCGAUACUAUCUACCACGAGAGUCGAUCGUCAACGGUGCAGGCACUUAUAUUACUGGGGGUUAGAGAGUUUGGAAUUGGUGAUCUUGAGGAAGGAUGGCUGCACAUAGGAAUGGCGUCAAGGAUGGCUCUUGAUCUCGGGCUCAACCGAGACCCUGACAAAUGGAGGCAAGGAGGGAGGGAGCUGUUUACGGAACAAGAAAAAAGCAUUCGGAAACGGAUCUGGUAUGCAUGCUGUCUCUCAGACAAACUAUCCGCAUUGUGGCUAGGGCGAACAAUUGGUAUUCACGAAGGGGAUUUCUCCACGCCCCUUCCUGACAUCCCUCAGCACGAUGCCCAGAAGAUGUGGCAGCCUUGCGCCCCUCAUCCUCUUGCUAGCGAGAGCUUCAGCCUGGUACCUGCGUAUCCAGUUGAAUACCUCUGUCAUCUCUCCAAACUCUUCAUCAUCACAGGAGAGGUGCUCUCGAAGAUUUACCGCGUAUCACGGGCGAACGUGCAGCCUAAGCGUCACACACGCGAAGUCUUGCACGCACGGAUGACGCAGUGGGAUCUCGAGCUUCCGGAGUACCUCAAUUACAAGCCCCCAAGCAACCGUCCAUGCCCUGCGCCGCAUGUUCUGGCGAUGCUUAUUCAAUACUGGUCGUCCUUGAUCCUUCUCCACAGACCAUUCAUCCCCAAAGGAUCGGAGUUGGCGAGAUUCGGCUCACCAUCCUUGGAUCCCGAUCCAUUACCCUGGGAAUCUUAUGCGAUCUGCCAAGGUGCUGCUGCUCAGGUCGUCGCGCUGGGUGAGAUGUAUCAUGGGCGUUACGAUAUGAGAUGGUCGCCCCCUCAUCUGUCUAAUUGCUUCCAGACUGCCGGGUGCGUAGAUUACUACUUGUAUAAACCUUUGGACACGCAAGCCAGCGUUGGACUACACAAAUGUAUCAAGUACCUGGGAGCGAUGGAGAGAACGUGGGCGAUGAGCUUGCGCAUACGACACUUGAUCCAAAACGCGCACGUCGACGUUGACCGCCGAUUCAACGCGCCGCCUGCCCCCGCCGAUCACCAGAAUCCCCCGGAACGUCAAAGACGCCGUUCUCGGGCGACCUUUGAAGAGGACAAUGCGCCCAUCUAUGGCGAGUUCAACAAGUACGACACGCUUCCUGGAACCCAGGCCUUGGCAUAUCAAGUGCCGUCCGUUCCCAACCCAUCUGCACUUUCAGGCGCUCCGACUCUACCCGGCGUCACCCCUGUCGAUCCGAUAUCGAGGUACAGGCAUCCCGCUCAAGCCGUUUUUGCCCCAGGGUACGACUCGUGGUGGUCUGAGCUUGACCAACAACCUGUGCCGGCUCAGGCACCUGUAAUAUGUAGCGGUCCUACCGCACCCUCAACUGUCACCCACAGCGGCGAUGUGGGACCUACAGGUCUCACACACGGCCUGCCCACUGGAGACUUUACCUUCGGCUCACAACACUUUUCUCCGGACUUUAUUCAAGCUAUGCGAGACCCUGUCAUACAUUUCCCCUCCGCUUUCUACUGA